AUGGGCUCAUCGAUUUUCCUCCGCACCCUUCUGCUGGCACUUUUGCCUUGCACAGCUCUGGCUAGCUGGCGUAAAGAUAGCACCAACCCCGUCAGACAGCUUGUGGAGGAGAAAAGAGCCCUCCUCAAACGUCGUACUUUGGAGCGACGUGAUGUGAGCAGCAAGUAUCUCGUCAAUGGGACGGACAUUCCCUUCGUUGACUGGGACUUGGGAGAGUCAUAUGCUGGCUUGAUGCCUAUUUCGAAAGAAGCGAAUGAGACCCGCGAGCUCUUCUUCUGGUACUUCCCAAGCACAAACCAGAAUGCUUCAGACGAGGUCACGAUUUGGAUGAACGGUGGUCCAGGCUGCAGCUCUUGGAUUGGGCUGAUAGAGGAAAACGGUCCCUUUACCUGGUUCCCCGGCGCUUUCCGCCCCGUCUACAACAUUUACAGCUGGUCUCAGCUCUCCAACAUGCUCUUCAUCGACCAGCCUGCCGGCACCGGCUUUUCUGUUGGCGACUUCAACGGGACGACCGAGGAGGAAAUCGCCGAGCAGUUCCUAGGCUUCUACGACAAUUGGAUGGAGACCUUCGACACCAAGGGCCGCCAGACGUAUCUCACCGGCGAGAGCUACGCCGGAUUCUACAUCCCCUACAUCGGUGACGCCAUGAUUCAGUCGGACCACUGCGCCGAUUACAACCUUGCCGGUUCCCUCAUGUUCAGCCCCUACAUCCGGAGCAUACCCAAUGACUUUGGACAGAAUGCCGUCACCAAGCCCUAUGUCGACACGUACAACAACGUCAUGGGACUCUACCCUGGAGUCGGCGACCCAGUGGACUUCUACCAGGCCAUUACCACCGCUGACGAGGAGUGCGGCUACGCUGAGAUGAGAGAAAAGUACUUCACCUUCCCGCCUUCCGGUACAUUUCCUACCGGGAACCUCAGCGCGGAAUGCCAGAUUUCACUCAUGGUUUACGCUGGCUUGGCCGAAGUCAGCCCCUGCUCCAACAUCUACCACAUCUCUCAAGGCUGCCCUCAUCCAUCCGACCCGCUCAGCUUCGGGCAAUACAGCGACAACGCCAGUAUUCCCCUCGGUUUCGACAAGAAGACCUGGCACGGCUACCCAAACAUGCCCCAGAUGCGGAAUGCCGUCCACAUCCCGACCGACCAGAAGGACUGGCAGAUGUGCACUGACGAGGACCCCUUCGGCCCCGCCAGCGACCAGAGUCUGGACCCCUUCACCUCGGGUGCGCUGACGAGGAUCAUCGAGCACACGAACAACAUCAUUAUCGCCAGCGGAGAACAGGAUUACCGCGUGCCGACUAACGGGACGCUGAUGGUGCUCCAGAACAUGACCUGGAACGGCCAGCAGGGAUUCAGCGAGUUCCCUAGCAAGACGUUCUUCUUGCCAAGGACCUUCAGCGACGUAUCUUCGCAGAGCUCUUCGGGUAAGAUUGGAGAUUGGGUCGAGCAGAGAGGGUUAAACUUUGCGCGCGUGUAUGCCGCCGGUCAUGAACUCCCACAGUAUGCUCAGGGUGCUGGUUACAGACUGCUUGAGAAGCUUCUUGGACGCGUGUCCAACUUGACUUCGGAUGCCAUGUUUUCUGCUCUGCCUGGAGAUUUUAGCCCUCCGCCCAGCAACGAGACUAUGCCUGGCAUGAACGGAACUAGGUCCGAUUGA